UCUGCGACCACAGAUUUCAACGAAACGCAAAGGGAGAGCCGCAGAUUUCCUAAGUGUUGAGCAAUGGAAAAUAAGAAUGGUGGUGCCUCGAGUAAAGGUGUUUUGGAACCUGUGUCAGAAACCUCUGACUUAUUUCACAACAGCGUUCUGGCUCCACUUAGGAGUGCAUACUUAUAUGAGGAGUCAAAGCAGUCUUUCAGAUACAAAUCAGCCUUCUUAAUCAACAACCCCAAACUGGAGGAACAGUAUAAUGCCUUCCGAGCAAAGAGACGAGAAGCAGGAUACUCAGAAGAGGAUCUUAAGGAAUCCUAUGGGUUUUUAUUGUUUGAUGAUGUAAACAAGGCUAAUAGUCUGGGAGAAACUGGUGUGCUCACUGGAAACAGCACCUGCACAACUCUUGGAGACCCCUCUCUGGGUGUGUAUAUAUCGACAUACUCUGACUGUCUGGACCCCAAUCGCUGGUACCAUGGGAAAUCUGGCUACAUUGCCAUCAUAAGGCUGACAAAGGGUAGAGUAAAAACUGUCUCAGAGAACUACACCAAGAAGUUCACAGAACCUUCUGUGGGGUUUGACUGCCACGUGUCAAAACAGUUGUCUGCGGUUUCUGCCAACACCAGCUCCUUCCUUGCCUUUGAGAGAACCCAGUAUUACAUGUACGAGCUGCUACAUGAUGGAACUAAUGAAACGGCCCAGUCUCUAAGCCAUGCCUGUCCAUAUGCUGUUGUAUCAUUUUCCUAUGCGGAUACCAAGACAGCACCUUUUGACCCACAGGAGAAAUGUGUGGAGGAAAGAAUGGUGUGUCAUUAUUUACCCUGGAGGGGUCAGCUCCAGAUGAGCACCCAGUUCUUUGAUGUUGGGCUGAAGUCCACAACAGGGGCCUUGAUACCUGCAAAACUGCCAGAAGUGGUGAAAGUUGACAAAGCCAUUUCCAUGUUGGAUCUGAGACAGUUGUUGCCAAAAUCGAUCUUUGAAACCUGCAUCUCUGGUGAAGUUUCUCUUGAUGGCAUAUGCUGCAGUCUGUAUGAGUUGGUUUCUUCUAAGAUGGAAGACUCCUCACUCUCUGGGCUUAUCCAGGAGCUCAAAGAGAAAGAUCUAGCUCUCAUCACUCAACUGAACGAUGGUGGUUUUUUAAUGCUGUUACAUUCGUCGCAUUUCCUUAAAUAUGAUGGCACUGGUUCCAGUGCAACUGAAGUACUGCAAGGCAUGUUUGUGUUUCCAGACUCACGAGCAGUACAGAGAGACACAAAAGUUGGACAGAGAAAGUCUACCAUUUCAUCAGAAGUUCUUCAGGUUCUGCCUGCAUUAAAUUAUGCAGAAAGUGAAGUGGAGAAAAGAUCCACUGACCAAAGUGAGGAACUAUGUGGGCUGUUGGUGCAACAUAUGCAGAACUAUGCAACAUUGAUAAAUCCUGGUCUGGCAGCAAGUCCCUCUAGGGAGGUCAGCAUUAUUCCAGAUCAGUAUGAUGUGCCUGAUGCCCUCAAACACCUCUACACAGCCCCAAAGUGGACUAACAGGGCAUGGCAGAACCUUAGGUCAUACCUGAGCCAGCCAGUCUCCUUUCAACUGCCAGUUUCCACGGCUACGGAGCUUUUGGCAGCUGGACAAGAGGAGCGUAGAGACCUUGAUGAUGAGGUCUACAUCUGUCUGUCAUCUCCUGAGGAGGCACUAGCCACUCCUUCUUGCACAGGGUCAGAGGACAGAGUGGGAGGCCAGGAAUCCCCUGAGCAUGCUGAGGCAUCUGUGGACAGUCCUAUAGGAGGUGCUGAAGCACAGGAAGACUCAACCAAUAUACCUCAAGCGUGUGAGAUGGUGCCAGAUAUUUUGCAAUCUGGAGAUGCUACCAAAGACAUUGAGAAACCUGGCCUGGCAGUGCUGUCCAAAACUGGAAUUAUUACUGGGCCAAAUAGUCUCUUGGUUUCUCCUACAUCAGGUGAACUCCCAGCAGAAUUGAUUGUCAGCAUUACAUCAGCAGAGGGAACUGCAGGAGUCAUUGAUGAGAGCCUGAGUGUGAUAAGUGCUGUGUCAUCAACAAAGCAUCAUGAGAUUCAGCUUUCUGAUUUAUCAACAGCCAAAUUACAAACAGCAGUUGUCAACUCACUGAACGAUAAGACGGACAAGGCCAAAAACCCUUCAGAUUGCGUAGAGGUCAGUCAUCCCCCAAAAACUCAUCAGGGGAAGCUACACAAGGGUCUGCCUAAAAGUAAUCCGUCAUCUAAAUCUUCUGUUAAGACUCUCAGUGUACAGACAGUCAGAUUACCAGUUGAGGUUGACACCUCUGUGAGUGAGAACCAUGACAAGGCCAAACAACACUUAUCAGACCACUUGGAGACGAAUAAACCCUUAAAAACUGAUUGGAGGAAAUUACGAAGGCGUCGCAAAGUUGGAAAACUGUCAUCAAAAAAUAAAAGAGUGAAAUCUGCUGCAGUUAAACUCAUGGAGAAAAAAACAGAGACCAACGAAAGUGACAUUUCAACAGAACUUGAAGCUUAUCCUCUGAGAAAGAAAACAGAACGUUGGGAUUUAAAGCCAAUCAUCUCCCAGUGUGGAAGAAUCUUGGUUCCAUAUGGUUCUGUGGAUACUGCUGAUCAGCUUAAGACAUUAAAAGAUAAGCAGAAAGCUACAGAAGAUGAGCAGUGCCUUGACAAAAUGACGGUUGAUACGCCUUUGAAAGGUCGUGAAUCAGUGGCAAUAGAGCAGGAAUCCAUACCUGCUUUAGAAAUAACGGGGGAAAACACGGAGACCACAAAAAACAUCGAUGGAGCAAACCCUCUUCAGAACCCAGUAGUCAGUGAUAUUAACUCUGAACACAGUGAGGAGAGACAGUUAGAUGGUGGUGGUUCAGUUGUGUGUAAGCUGGAUACCAAAGACCAAUCUUCAGAGAUUAUUGCUGAAGCAAACGACAAAGACCCUCCUCCUUCAGAGGCUGUUCAGAAAAAGCACACUGAUACUCCCAGCCUGGCAAAGAAUACAAAAACAAGUAAAUUUUUGUUCAGUAAACUAAAAUCUGUCAUAUUAGGAGGAAAGAGAAAAACAUCUGACCUUGUGUCAGAAGCAGUGUCUGUAAGUAGUGCGCAAGGUACUGAGCCUUAUCCCAAGAAGAGCAAAAGUGACAUGGACGUGUUGAAAAGUAAUGAUUCAGAGAGAAGUGUUUUGGACACUGGUGUAGGUACUGAAGAAGUUUCAAAGAUGUCUUCAGUAGACCCAAAAUUUGCAAAAGCCUUAGGCUUGACCCCUAAAGAGCUACCAAACAAAGCGCAAAAAAUUAAGUGCCAGGAUACCCCAUUGAAAGGAGACUCAUCAAGCCUAAUGGAACAAACCAUUUCAGAUGAAUCACCUCAACCCACACAAAGGCCUUCUUUAGUUCUUCGAGGGAAGGCUCGGAUGAAGCCACUGAAAAGGCAUGCAGGCAUAUCCCCUGAACAUAUAAAAAGGAAAUGGUGGUUGCAUUUUCAAACACCAGCUAUUUCCAGUGAAAUGCUCAAAUACAGUGCUUGUACUAAGAACAGUGCAGUCAGGAAGAACCUGAAGGAAAAAAUGCAUACUGCUUUUUCAUCUACAGAUGCUUUGACCUUACUUGCUGACUUGGCACUCAGUGCCAGUAAUGACCGGGUUCCACAACAGCCUGAUCCAGCACUUGAGAGAAAACUUGACUCAAGUUUGGAUGUGUGUGGCUCUAUAAAAGAUGUUACCAGUGCUGAACAAGAGUCAGUUCUUCAUGCUCUGCUGAAGCAGCCUGCUGUUAGGCCCACUGUGGCCCUUAAAAGUCCAUCAUCAAAUGGUCUUGUGGAAAGCAACGAUGAAGCUGUUUUGAUAUCUAAAGAACAUGCUUACUCACUGCCCCCAUCUUCCUCUCCACUGUUGGGUUUGCCAGGUACAUCCUUCCAGGUACCCCCUUUAAGUGGUUCUGCAGGCCUGCAGCUGCGUCACCAGAAUAGGCAUGAUGAUGGAAUUCAAGCACUACAUUGUCGCAAAGACAAAUGUGGACACAAACAUGGGGCACCAUCAAACCUACAAAAAGGCCUGUUACGCAGGAGGAAGUUCAGACACUCACGCACAUUUGUUGAUAAAGAUGGGUCUGUUCAAGUUACAAGACAGUGGAAAGAAAACUAUGACUUCAGUCUAGACAGCAAGUUUACGAAUGACUCUCAGGAUAAAACUGUCAUCCGAGCCCUGCAUGGCCCAUGGGAUCUCACCAUUCAGGACACUAAUGAAGAGGUGCGGCUCAUCGUCCACAUGUGGAUCGGUCUCUUUUAUAGCCGGUCAACAGCCAGGUUCUUUCAUAUUGACCCCAAUUUUACAUGCCCAUAUUCAGAAGGGAGUGAGUCUUUGGAAGUGUCUAGUGGAAUUGUAUCAGCCACACCCCAGUCUGAGCUCAAGGACAGCUCAUCUGCCCCGUUACCUACUACAUCCUCUGACAGUUCAAUUUCAAAAGCAUUGGACCUCAGGAAAAAAGAUACACCUGUCUUGAACCAAGGAGCUGUGAUUUUGGACCUUUCACUGAGAAACCCCAGUGCGGAGACUGUCUCCUCUGAUUCACAAGCUCUGUCUCAUAAGCAGACAGAAGCUACCCCAACCUCUGAAGUACUCAGAUCCUCACCGGGACUACAUGAGCCAAGUACUGCGUAUCAACAUCAAGCUCAAAAUCAGUCUCACAGAGAGAAGUUAGACUGCAUAACCUCACCAGUCAGUGACGUUGGAGGCACCUGUGUAAAUGAAAGUGCAAGUCCCCAGAAAGCUGGCUGUCAGGAGUGCACUGAUAUAAUCUCUUUGAAAAGUGAUGGAAAACCUGUUCUUUUGUGUGAAGAGGUGGGAAAAGAAGGGAUUCAGCUAAACAAUGUCUUAGAUGGGUCCCAUGAUGGAAAGACAGAAAUGGGAGAUUGCAGUGAAAAUUGGGGAACUACAGAGAUGGAUUUGAUUCAACAAGUUGGAGUUAAUUCAUCCAAAACCAUGGCAGACAGAGAGAUCCAUUCUAAGUGUGACUCUGCUGAUCUGGUUCACACUGUUGAGCGUGAUGAAAUUGAGUCUCAACAAGGAGAACAUACUAAACUCAAAGAAAAAACUUGCCAAGAAGACAAUGUGGAAUCUUCUCCAACAUUGAUUCAUAUAAAUGAUUCAACAGACAAGGAAUCAGAUAAAGUCAGUGAUGUACAUCAUUUGGAAAAUCAAGUGCAGUUAUCUGGGGAGGAAUUGAAAACACUCUCACCAGUUCGGUCUGAAAAUGUCAGUGAAGAUAGAAAUGAUCUAAAACAUGACAAUGGCAGCAAUGACAAUGGCAGCAAUGACAAUGACGUUCACCAUGGAAUGGAAGAUGAAAUUGAUUUGAAAGAAAGUUUCGUUUCAGUUGUGGAACCUAGCAGUGAUUUCAAUGAUAAAUCAUCAUCUACAUCGUGUGACAGACCUGGUUCCAUGGAGGGUUGCAUUGAAAAGUGUAAUGAAAAAGUCACACCGAGUGAAGACUUGCCUCAAAUGGAUAGUGACAAUGAUGCCUGCAAAAAUUCAUCGUUGCAGUGUGCAAACAGCAUUGGUGUCAUGGGUGAAGAUGACAUUUCAGGAGUUCCUCAAGUGGCACUUAACAAGCCAUCACACGCAGAGCAAAUUCAUAAUGAAUCUGUGGAUGAGGGAACACCAGUACACAGUGACAUUUGCUCAUUGGAUGGGGUACAUUCCAAGAAGGCCACAUUAUUGUUGAGUGAUGAGAACUCUCAUUCGCCCAGGAAGUCUUGUACAGCUUCUCACCCGACCAAGGAUGGUACUAUAAGAAAAAAUCAAAAAGAAGUUGAGGCAAAAUUUUGUAAUCAAAGUAGUGGUGAUUAUGAAGAUCAGGACAGCAAAUCUGGUGAAAAUGCGAGGAAUGUUGAUCAAGUUGUGGUAAUAAAAUUGCAGAAAGAUCAAACAGGAAUCUUGGUUAAAGAAGCAGACAACAAAAAGGAAAUAAAAGAUGAGAAAUCAGAAAAGCUGCAUGGUCAGGAUGAAAUUACAUCUAUUGGAAUAGAAUCAUUCAGGCAGGAUGCCUUACACCCGCAGGUCUUAUACCCCCAAGAAAAGGCUAAAGAUCUGGUUCAGUGUCAGAAAGAAAUCAUGUUUAUUAAAGAAACUAAGCACCAUGAAGGUGUCUUGGACACAGAUGUGUACAAUACAUCUCAAAAUCACAGUGAAAAGGUGCCAUUGUUGGCUGGCAAACGUGUAUCAGCUAUUGAUUUCAAUGAAUCUGAGUCAGUGGUGUGCAAAGAAACUGAGUCUGAUGACAGAUGCCCUACCCCAACUAUGGAUGAGAAACCAUAUGACUACAUACCUCACCCUGACCCUUGUAGUAGUAUCUCUGCUUCUGCUGGUGAGAAAGUUUGCAGAAACUUCACUCAGAAAGAUCUUAAGGGAAGCUCAACACCUACACAUGAUGAGCUGCCAUUCGAAUGGCAACUUUGUCAUGAGUCUUCAGUUAAAAGUCAUCCUGACCCUCAGUGUGAUCUUUCACAUGUAACAGAAACAGUUCAUCCUGAUCUUGAACUCAGAACUCUCAGGGUUCUAAGCAGCAUAGACAAGUACCUCUAUAAAUCUAGCCACACUGACGAAUCUAACCAGUUUGAAAAAGCUGACUUAUACCUUUGUCGGGAUCAAACCCCCAGGUUCAGCAGCAAAUAUAUCCCCACCAGUUCAGCGCCAUUCCACACUUAUACCUUGUCAAAAGAGAAGAAAAUAAAUAAGUCGUCAGGGGUGGCAUCAGCCUCUGCCAAACAAGACCUGCCCACAAAAUCUUUACAUUUCUUAAAAUCGCUAUUCAAAAACAAAUUUUCAUCAAAGGAAGAAUUAUUACUCCAUGUACAACCCAAGGAAUCUGACUUUUCAAUUCCUGAAGACUACUCUAAAAGAAGAGAUGACAUGCAGGACUCUUCCUUUAGGCAAGAUUCUUAUCAUCCAUGUACAACUUUUCAUUCUUCUGAGGAUUUAAAAGCUGUCCAACCAAGUACUGAGCAAGAUACACUCAAAGCAACUUUACAUUAUAAUUUAGGUAAUGAACCCCGUUCAUCCUGCCAGCGUCCUAUCAUGGCUGUGAAACCAUCUAAGAGUGAUGAAAUUCAAGCAGAUUACGUCUCCAAAAAAGACCAAAUUGAUACCUCUGUGAUUUCAGCUGUUCCCAGAAGUACACAAACUAAAACACCUGUUGCCAGCAACACCAAACUGACCACUGCACUCACAGAGAGACAGACAGUGAAUUUCAAAGGUGUAUCUGAAAAUUUGGUUGAAAAUGAGAGAGAAGGCAUCGAGUGUUCUUCUACGGUAAAUAGGGUAUCUAAUGAUCAAGACAAAAUUGGUACACUUAACUCCAAUAAAGCUAAAGGAACCCUUCCAGAUUCUUUAUAUCCAUACCAAAGUGGGGAGAUUUCAAACGUAAACAUGAUUCCUUCAUCAUCUUUCUCGAUUCAGCCCACUGAAUCUGAGAAAGGUUGCACCGGGAUUGUUGAUGGAAACCAAGAUUUUUUGGAAAAUUGUUUAGUUGAGAAAAUUGGACUAUUAACUGAAGAAAGUUUCGAAAUGGACGAAGAAGACAGCACAGUUCCAGUGUCAGAUGAUCAUCCUCUGGGAUCCUCAGUGACCUCACUCACAUGUACAAUCUUUAACUCUGGCAGAAAGAGACCAUAUUCUUUAUUGGAACACCUCUCUCAGAGGUGCCUACAAAAUGACCUCAUUCAGUCUUCAUUGGAGCAGGAAUGUCUCAUUUUUUCAGAACAAAUGAAACAGCUUCUCAAAAGAAGUAAGAAAGGACCUUUACACAGUCAUGACAAGAGCUAUGACAGAUCAAAGGUGUUUUGCACUAGUCCUGUCACAGUGGACUUUUCGAGUCUGGAGGAACAGGAGGAUUCAGUGGAUCCUCUGGAGGCCCUCCCAUCUCUUGUUGACCAGAAAAUCAAAAUAGACAUGCCUGAGAGGAAAGGUCUGGUAGACAACACAGAAGUGAAUACCUUUCAUCUUCAAAAAUUAUCUAAUGGAAAAGGCAACUCGGCAGGACAUUGCGGCAUUUCUGAUGUGACCGCAGAAUGUGCCAGGUUAUACCAGGCCAUGAUGAAUGAUGUUUGUGCCGGCAAAAGACUCCCAACAAACAUUAAUGGCUCCAGAAUGGAUACAGGUUUCCCAAAGUCUGAUUCAAGUAAACAUCUUGACUUCAGUGUUAACUUGAGUGGUCAGAUGAAGAGAGAAAUGUAUGAGAGCUUUCACACUAAUCUGAAUUUGGUCGUGAGGCGGUCCUGGAAAACCAAGUUCAGGUUCUUCAUAGUGAUGACAACAUCGGAUGAUGACUUCUUUGAAAAAACAAAGGCACUGCUAGAAGCAGAAGGCCAUACAGCGGUUCAGCCAUCCCAGUUCUUCCUUGAUGAUGAUAGGUCUUCAUCGCCUCUACUUAUCAUCCUCCGGAAUGAAGACAUCGCAGAGAACAUUUGUGAGGUUCCACGCUUGCUUGAACUCAGGAACUCACCAGAUGUGCUGUUUGCUGGAACUGACGAACCAGAUGACAUUGUGAACCUCACCCAUCAGGACCUCCUCACAGGGGGUGGUUUUAUAAUGUUUGAGAGAACAGCACUGGAGGCCCUCAGUCUUGGCAACAUGACAAAAAUUUCACAGUUUGUGGAAGAGCUAAGCAAAAAGCGUAAGUGGAAAUGGAUGCUACACUACAGAGACAGCCGUCAACUGAAAGAAAAUGCAAGGUUGAGUGCAGCGGCAAAGGAGAAGAAGCAUUUCAUGAGCUGCUGCCAAGAAGCAGGAAUUGUGGAGGUGUUGCCUUACCAUGAGUGUGACCUCAUGUCAAGAGAUCGGCCGGAUUAUCUCAAUUGUCUGGUCCGCUUGCAGGUCCAAAAUAUAUCAGCCCGCUUCCCUGUUUUUAUAACUGAUACUGCAGCAGACAGUGCAUUUGGGAAAAAGGGAAUUUUAACAAUGAAUACCAGCUCUUUCCUGAUGCUUUCUCCAAGUGAAGCAUUUACUGUCUAACGAACUGCAAAAGUCAAACGGUGACACUAAAGAAUUUCUGUUGUAAGUCAAAUCCAUGGAGAUAAGCAACAUGAUGUUGCAUCUGACAAAAAACAAAAAGAAAAAAACAAUCACCUGUAAAAUAGUUAUUUUAAACAUACAGUAGAUCCAACUAUUUAAACUCAGCAUGACAUAUGAUUUCUGCUGACAUGUUUUGUCAUAUUGAUCAUUUGUAAAUUCAUCAAUCAUACAUUUAAGGAAUAGCGUGACAUGUAUAUUUACAUGUUUGUAUAUUAUGUUAUAUUUUAUUAUAAAUUUAAGGAUUUUUAAAUAGCGUGAUAUUUUGGAUCGUUGUUUUUCCACUGAUCCCAACUCAACACUUGUAAGUGUAGUUUCUUUUUUGUUGAGUUUUUGUGAUUAAGUUGUUCAGAGAGAUUUGCAAUAAAAGAAAUGUCAAGAUGGUGGACGGUGUAUGGCCCUCGCAUUUCCAUGACACAGAGCAUUAAUGUUAAUGUUACCGAAGUGAAAGGAUGCAUCGACUGUUCAUAUUCUGACAUAUUACUGUUACCUCUUUAAUGUUCAGCAAUUAAAAUUAUUUGCUAUUCUC